GAGAGGGACGUUUAAGCAGGCUUAUUAAAAAAAGAAUUUUGAGAAUUUGGGUUACAAAAGUGGAAGACAGAAGGUCAAAUGACAAAUUAAUAACAUUAGUUAUUCACAUCGUUUUGCAACAAAGUUACUUGUGAAGCAGGAAAUACAAUAACUGGAUAAAUAUUUGCCUGGCUUUGGCUGAUUCAAUUUGAGGAAUGUGUGACGUGAAGGAAAGUUAUAUCACGAUGCACGUUGCUGUUGAGCUCAACUUACGUAGUUGCAACCGGGUUUGGUAACUAAUUACGCUUUUAAUUCACUGCUGACAAUGGGGAUAGAAAAACUGGUAACAGAGUUCAUCCUUAGCACAUGGCAUAUUAAUGAAAUUGGGCUGUUUUCCUUUAGAAAGGAUAUUUGCUCAUAGUCUCAGUGUAAAAACAUUUAUGUAUCUAAGAUAACACCGUGACAAAAUAAGUUAAAUUUAAAGUUUUACGGUUUUGUGGAGGCUGAAACUGAAGCAAAACACUUUUCCUUAUCGCACCUGAGUUUUAUUUACAUAAUAUAUUGAUAAGCUACAACACAAUGUACAGUACAAUAGCCACUUUUUGUUACAACCCACAUUUCAGCUGACUACAACCAGUUACGUAUACAGCAUAUAUUGUUUAGGCUAAUAAACUGAUAUAAUAGGUCACUGAACUCGAUAAGCCUGUGAGAUUACGCACAUUUUUAAGACCACACAAUGCUUUUACAUGUGGGAUCGUAUUAACGCUCUUUAAACGUACUUUAUGCCCGUAUACACCGAGAAUCAACAGGUCCUGAAAAAACCUAUAUUGGCAAGAUUUCUUGUCAGCUACUUGAAAGAACUUGAAGCGAUUUUAUAGAAGUGAGAAGUUGCAAUAUCUUAAAUACGUUCUUUGAUAUCCACGUUUACACGUGGUACAGAAAAGGCUCUGUGUUUUCUGUAAUUCCAACCACAUUAUGGAUUGGGGAUUACCAAUUGCGGACUUGUCUUAAGGGAUAAACCCCAGGGAUAAAGCCUCUCUCUGACCAGGCUCUCUGAGUUCAGACAGAAGAAUAAACAGAAAGGGAAAGGGAAGAAGACGGAUAACUUGUGGGGAUCCAUCACUUCUCAAAAAUAGUAAAAAGGUAGGAUUCUGUUGUUUUAUAUGAAUUUUUAUCUCUCCUUCUAUUGAAUUACCUCAAACUGUUUUUUUUUAUGCCAUGCAUUCUGCCUUGAAUGUUUUGGUUUUUUUUCUUACAUGAAUUUCUAAUUUUGGUGAUGGUCACAAUUCCCCGUUACAAAUGUAUCAUGGUGGAAUUAAUCAACGAAAUGAUAAGUUUAAACACGCAAAGAAUAAUUGAGGCCAUACCUGAUCAUAAAUUAUUGAUUACUAAAAAUAUUUAGGGGGUUUCCUCGACAUAAAUUUCCUAGUGUUUUUAAACAAAAUGUUAUAUUCUUAAUCUGAGCUGUGAUUUUAUAGGAUCAUUCACGUUUUAACUGAACAGCAGCAGUAUAGGUACGGCACCUGAUUUAUGUCUAUAGUCAAUUUUUAUAUAAUUGAUCGUAUAACCCAUAGAAGUAUAUCUUUUCUUUUCUGUUUUCCUUACUAAUAAGCCUGAAAACUAAUUGGUUCUCAGCAAUGAGCAGCUUAAGCAGCUCCGUCACGGACAUUACAGUUAUGCCUCAAAACAAUGAACCCCCCCUUCCUCUGGUCUCGUUCCCUCACAAGUGCCUUUCUUUCUUCCAUAAGAGUAUUAUCCAAAGAUUUCUCAUGUGCCCCGAGCAGUUCUGUAUUACAAGUACACAAGGCCCUCAGUGAACAAAUUCAUUGUACCCCAUAGUUAUCAAAAAGGAUCAACCAAGAAACUCCUACAUUAUUAUGAAUAGUAGGAAUUUGAUUAUGAAAAUGCCUCUGUGUGUCUACCUUCUAUUCAGUACCGUGAAAAUGACAUUUGGACGUUUGCCACGUCAGAACCCAGUAACAUUUGCUCAGCAUGGUUUUUUCAGCAAGCACCACGUCCUCCGGGUGACCGUAAAGCCUCUUCUAAUCCUGGAAUCAGCAUGGAUACGCACUUCGUCUAUGACCUUUUAGGGGAAAAUGCUUGGUUGUACAUCGGCGGCACCUUCGUGGUGUUGUGGAUUGUCGUGUGGCUGUACAGAGACAGCCUCGAGAUCGAGGACAUCACCGACAAAUACGUCUUUGUGACCGGCUGCGACUCCGGGUUCGGAAACUUGCUGUGUAAGAAGCUGGAUCGGAGAGGUUUCCGCGUGCUGGCGGGCUGUCUCACAGAGAAGGGAGCUGAUGAUCUGCGGAGGGCGGCGGGCCCUUAUCUGAAGACCGUCUUGCUGGAUGUGACCAGUCAGGACAGCAUCCAGAAAGCCAUGGAGUAUACGAAGAAGGAGGUUGGCGAGAAUGGACUUUGGGGUAUCGUGAACAACGCCGGACGCUCAUUGCCAAUGGGUCCUUCGGAAUGGAUGAAAGUGGAGGAUUUCCACAGCACGCUGAAAGUCAACAUGAAUGGAGUGAUCGCCAUGACAAUGACAUUCCUGCCCCUCAUUAAAAAGGCCCGUGGCCGCAUCGUGAACGUAGCAUCCGUGCUGGGCAGAGUGGCUGCGAACGGCGGUGGAUACUGCAUCUCCAAGUUUGCAGUGGAGUCCUUCUCCGACUGCCUCAGGAGAGACAUAAACUACUUUGGAAUCGAUGUGUGCAUCAUUGAGCCAGGGUUCUUCAAGACUGCGGUUACGAGCCUGGACCCCAUCGAGAGGGAGCUGCAUCGCCUGUGGAACCAGCUCAGCCCUGAGGUACAAGCCACCUACGGAGACAAGUACCUGGAUAAGUACAUCAAGGUCCAGCGUUUGAUCAUGAAUGCUAUCUGCGACUCUGACCUCACCAAGGUGACCAGCUGCAUGGAGCACGCUCUGAUGGCUGCGUACCCGCGCACAAGAUACAGCGCCGGCUGGGACGCCAAGCUCCUCUGGAUCCCCCUCUCCUACAUGCCUUCCUUUGUUGUUGAUAUUGGGCUGAAGCUGGUGCUGCCUCGUCCUUCGAAGAGCGUGUAACUCGCGACUACUUUGAAGAAAAAUGUCUUCAAAGUUAUCUGCCUUUUUGUUUCAUUUUAUUCAUUAUUCAUGUCAUUUUGAUGCCUUUUGGGGCUGAAUUAUUAUAAUAUAUGUGCGCAAUCUUCUUGUGUCUAUGUCUGACAUUUUUAGACAAUAUAAAAGAAUAUAAUGAUAACUGUACAAUAAAAUGUACUGCAUAAA